GUGUGCACGCCAGGUAGCCAUGUUGAAUGAAGCGUUACGUUGAACGGAAAAACGACUCUACUUUGUCAUGCCAUAAAAACUCCCGUUUUCCUACUUCAAUAAGCAAACCUUGUUGAUUUGAAAGAUAAAUACAUCAUCUACUUAACUGCCACUCCUUGGUGUAUGAAAUUUUCGCGUUAAAGAAUUACACGCUCGUAAAGAUUCAUUUGUGGUUGUGAACUUCAUCUUCGCUACACAUGGUUUUUGUAAUCGUAGUCUACAGGAAACCGGGAUUGCUGCUAUAAAUCCAGCAUUUUUAUGACAGAAUGCGCAAUUAUUCAUCAGGGGAGAUAUCGAGUGAGUCAUUAAAGGGUUAGAAAGGAUGAAGAUUGAUCGUUCCAAGAUAAGGAAGAGCCAUUCUCAACCGGCUCCCGAAUGUCAACAGCUAAUCCAAAGACUCACUAAUGCCAAAGAUGGUGACAUAGUUGAUAUUUUAAAAUCCGUCGACACAUGGUUUUAUGGCAAGUGUGAUCUUGGCCAUUGGGCUGAUGUAUUGGAUAGAUUUGAUGAUAUUCUUGCUAGUGUAUCCAAGCAAGUCAAUGGCAGUGCAUGGAUUCUAACAUAUGAUAAGUUGGACAUUUUGGAAGGACCAGAGGUUGCUGCUGAAAAGAGAGAGUUAGUGAAUCAAGUUCUAAGGUUUACUGCCCUGCUUAUUGAACAUGCUUACUCCAGACCUGCUUAUAACUCUGCAGAGCAUCUUAUUGCACUGUUGGGGGCAAGUGACAUGGAAGUUGUUCUUUCUGUAUUGGGUCUUCUUUAUGUAUUCAGUAAAAGAUGUAGUUUUAUUCCAAGAUUACCAGCAGAUAAGAGAAAACCAUUGCAACAGCGACUUCUACACAUUGGAGAGAACUGGGGUGGUAAAAGUGGUGGAUUUUCACUUGCUGAAUGCUGUAAGGACAAGCCAACAAACGAAUUUCCAGAAAGUGCUGGAGAUGUUCAUUUUGAGUUUUACACACAAGGAGAAGAUAACCAAACUGAUGAAAAUGACCAAGAAAAAGAAAGCCAAGUUUGUUGUAUCCACGUUGAAAAGUUAUAUCAGUUUUCUGAAAACCCCGGAGAAAUAAUGGAACAGUUAAUGGCAUAUUACAAAGUACCUGAGGAUAAACAAGUUGGUCUAUUUUCAAGAGUAAGAUUAGCGAGACACUUUCCAUUCUACCAAGAAAGAUUGAGAUGUGUACAAGCACGCUUGUGGGCCAUCUCUGUACUGGUUUAUUCUAAUGUCAGUCAAGAUAUACAGAAGUCUCUCAUGUAUCAAGGAUUUGAAGAGGAAGUCGUAGAACUACUUGAACUGGAAGAUCCAAAAUUACUGGAUAUCAAGACAGCUGGUAUCAGAUUGUUGACGUCAGUCAUCCAUCUUCAGUUUAAUCCCAGGCUCAAUACCAUAGUAGAAUGUGCUGGUAUGGCUUCUUACCAUGGCUUCCUCCCUACCCUAAUGAGAGAUUGUAUACAGACUUUAGUAGAUCCAAACAAGACAUCAUACCCAAUGUCAUUUUCUACUGCCCUCUUUUCUUUUGUCUAUCAUUUUGCUUGCUUUGAAGUAGGUAAUGAAGCCCUUGUUUCCAGUGGUCUGGUGGAAUCUUUACUGAGAGUCAUUGAUUACCCUGGAGAUGAUGAGCAUUUAACUUUUGUUACCAGAAGCGUAAGGAUAAUGGACUGGAUAGGAAACACUGAUACUUCAGGUUACCAAAGUGGACUCACCGCAGUUAUCAAUCGGCUUGAGCAUGAAGUCAAGAUCUGUAUGCCAUAUCAUGGAGGAAUCCUUUCACCAGACCUUCCCCAGUCUGACCAAGAUAAAAAAGCAACCUCCGAACAAGAUAACACAGCAACCAUGGACACCAAUGAAAGCUCACCACCUCCUCAAGAUUCUAAUGCCACUGUCCCAAUGGAAACAGAACAAGCAGGUCCCAGUGGGAUAGAAUCGGAUGGAAGUAAAAUGGAAGUUGAAGAAACAGCAACACUUCAGGCUAAUCCAACUGCACUGCAAGUGAGUCAGCACAGAUGCCUUCCUCAGAGAGCCGCCCUAAUAAAAGCCCUGCUCAGCUUCCUUAAGAAAGCUAUUCCAGAUCCUGCUUUCUCAGAGACCAUCAGAACAGUGAUGGAUGGUUCAUUGCCCACUUCUUUGAAGUACAUCAUCAGUAAUGUUGAAUACUAUGGGCCAGUACUGUUUCUUGGGGCUAUCGAUACAGUCACUGUCUAUGUGUUCCAUGAGCCUUCUUUGUUGUCAUCAUUACAAGAUAAUGGUCUGACUGGUGUGGUCAUGAAAUCCUUAGUCCUCAAAGAUAUUCCUGCAAUGCGUGAGGUUCUGUCAUCUCUACCCAGUGUACUCAGUGCCCUGUGCCUUAACAACAGAGGAUUACAGGCAUUCAUGGCAUGCCAGCCUUUUGAUAAGUUAUUCAAAGUGAUGUUGUCACUGGAAUACCUUCCUGCUAUGAGAAGAAAGAAGGCUACAGAAGAAUUAGGAGAGACAGCAUCUAAUCUUGGCAUAGCAAUGGAUGAAUUGAUGAGACAUCAACCAACACUAAAAUCAGAUGCCAUGAAGGCUGUAGUCAAGCUUCUACAACAAGUUUGUGAAUUAGGCCAAGACCCCAAGAGCAUAGGUUAUAAAAUAUCCGAUGCUACAAAAGAUGGGGAUGUUCAAGAAAACUCAACCCAGGGGAGUGCGCCGAUCCUUCCUUCACAGGCGAGUGAAGAACCCAUGACUGAUGAUGAGUUUGAUGAUGAUGAUCGCUUCAGCUUUACUAGUACUAGUGGGUCUGCAAAGCCAUCACCAGAUAUCGAAAAUAACAAAGAGCUUGCCAAGGGCUCAGAAGAAGAGAAAAGAACUUUUAUUCCCUUGACUGACUACAUUCUCAAUGUGGUCAAGUUUGUUGAUGCCAUACUUAGCAACAAUUCCACAGAUGACCACUGCAGGGAGUUUGUGAGACAUCAGGGUUUAGUUCCUCUGGUUGGAAUACUUGGUCUCCCUAAUUUACCUCUAGAUUUUCCUUCAUCACCUUCCUGUCAAGCUGUAUGUAGUGUUUCCAAGUCACUGCUGAUGCUUGCCCAUGAACCUCAAGUCUUGAAGCAAGGCUUAUUGCUGCUAAAACAGUCACUGGACAAACUCAAGUCAAAUAUCUACAACCCAUCAGAGAAUACAGACCUGUCAAUCUGCCAUGAGGUGGUAUCAGCAGCCAAGCCAGACAAGGCCAUGCACUCUCCCCAGCAAACACCACUACUGCAUGCCAUCACUGCUGUCCAUGCGUGUAUCACCAUGUUCCUCUAUGUGUGUCGCUCUGGACAGGUGAGAAAGAUGGAUAUCCGUACCAUGUGUAUAAAUCAGUGGGGUUCAGAACUGGGUCAGUCUCUGUUAAGUCAGUUGGGAGAGCUAUAUAUGUCACUGCUAUGGGAGACCACAGUACUAGAGACAGUUGAAAAGGAGGAGGUUGAUCUGAUGAACGAAGGCAAAGAAUCAACAGAAGAAACAAGUACAGGAAACUUAUCUUCUGAGAGCGCCAAGGACAAAGAACCAUCAGAAAAGACAAGUAAAGGUGACAUUGAACAGAAGUCACCUCUAAUGCCAUCUCAAAGAAGAAUCGUAAAACAGCUUCUACAAGUGACUUCCAGUGUCAACAAGUCCUUGUCGGAAUUCUUUAGCUCUCUUCUGAAAUUAAGUGUAGGGACUACUCAAAAGCAACGCCGACCCCCUCACGGUAUCAGCACCCCAAGUGCGCCAUCACUGAGUGCUAAAGUAGUCACGUCUCAGCUCUGCAAGGUGCUGAAGAAUGCACUAUCAUGGAAAGGAGCAGCUGCUGAUAAGUCAUCGCCUGGGUUGAGGCUUCAUUUCUAUGUCAAUACAAUCAACUUUGCAUCGAGGCUUCUCUUUGAUGAUAAGAAGUUCCCAUACCAUCUGAUGCUACAGCAGUUCAUGAUGUCAGGAGCUCUAAACAGUUUAUUUGAGAAAUUUAAUUGGGUUUUGAGUCAAGGAGGUAAAAUACCACUUGAUGCCGCAGCAGAUCACCCAGACAUGCCAGAUGGCACAGAAGAAAUGAUUGAUGCCUGGUUAGUUUUUGUUGAAAAACUAGUCAAUACUAAGGCCAUCCUUGAAUCACCACACAGUCUACCCGCUUCGUCAAAUGCUGAAGGUUUUGUGCCAUUCAAGCCCAUUCAGUUCCUUAUCAAGACACACAAGAGGGCAUUCAGUGCAGUAGGUCACCUGUGGGGUCAUAAGCCCUUCAAGGUCCAUGGAUCUCACAUAGCAGAGACAAUGCUGGCCAUCCUUUGCCAUGUAGUUCAAGGUGAAAGUAUCAUCAAUGAAAAGUAUGGGACAGAUAAAUCAGCCACAAGUAAAGGUGGUGCUACAAGUGUAGAACCCUCUAGUGCAUCAUCUGUACUUGGUGGAAGAGCUACAACACCCCCACAACCUGAAGUGGAUGACCAAAAUGUCCAGCAGUUAGUCGACAUGGGUUUUACCAGAGCACAAGCAAGGCAUGCAUUAAUGAGCACCAACAGUCUUGAACAGGCCACAGAGUUUAUCCUUAACCACCCAUACCCAAUGCCUGUUGACCCAAUAGGGGAUAUUAGCCAGGUACAUGACUUUGGUCUUGACUAUGACAUGUCAGAGGAGGAUCAAAUGAUGAGAGCAAUAGCAUUGUCUCUUGGUCAAGAUGUCUCCCCAAUGGCUGUUGACCAGCCUGCUUCAAGUUCCUCUGCCACCAAGAAGACAGAGGAAUCAGAAACUGCGUGCAAAGAUGAAGCACCCCUUUCAAAUGUUCUGUUAGACAACUUUACUCAGAAAAUCUUCCCCAGUUGCCGACAACUCCUAGAAGAACUUCCAGAUACUGUGUACAAGGCUUGUAAGCUUUUGGCUGCCGUUGCCAAGCGAAAUGGAUCUGAAUGGAGAGACAAGGUCCUGGCUGAGGUUAUGGAUCAGGUGGGGAAAGAUACAGUUGCUGUAAUUAAGAACUGCAGUCCAGAAAGCAACAAGGACAAGAAUUUAGAAGAAUUUGUUCCUCAGAUGUGCACCAUGACAGAAGCUGCAAGACUUUCUUCUCUACUACAUUUAUCCUGCUUGAUGUUUGAGGAAAUGAAGGUAUCCUGUGCAGUCCUCCUGGAUCAGUAUGGCAUCGUUAAUUCAUUAAUGGAAUUGCUAGACUUGUGUCAAGCUAGUCUGUUACAGCUAGGAAGAACAGUUCCUGAACCAACUACCCCAAAAUGGUUAUGUCCUCUUUUUCUGUUAUUGGACCUUUAUGAGAAGACUGCUCUCUCAUCAGAGAGGAAAAAAAUUCAUGACAAGUGUACUACUCGUACUUGGCGCUGGUUUGAUGACCGUAGUGGGCGCUGGUAUGCCUACAGUGCUACUAAUAAUGAGGCCAUUGAUGCAGCCUAUAGAAAUGGAGAAACCAGAAUAAGGUUUAUGGCUGGAAGAAGGCCUUACAAUGUAAACUUUUCUACAAUGCUCCAGAUCAAUGAGGAUACUGGUAGUCGCCGACCUAUCAUGCUGGGAAGCACAUACGAGUCAACUGCUAUCACUUGUAACCACAGACCCAAUCAGCCGUCAAAUGGAUCUUCGACAGGAAACGGAGAAACAACUCAACGACAGAAAUCUUUAGGGAAGACUCCGAAGAAGGCUGAAGAAAAGCCAGGAAAAUCCAAAGAAAGUGAAAAAGAGGUGGCAGAUGAACGAAUAGUCCAACGCUUGAAUGAAUCGCAAAAAACUGCAAUAAUCAGGUGCUGUGCUGUACUUAUCAGUAUACCUGUCAAUAAUAAUGCACUCCAUGCAGCCCUUAGACUCUGCCUUCGAAUCACCCAAGAACACAAGUAUGCUGUCCAGUUUGUAAAUCAAGGAGGCCAUAAGGCGAUCAUCAGCCUGACACAAAAGUCUUCCUUCCCUGGAUUCACCUCAAUCACUACUCUUCUCCUGCACCAUGUCCUAGAAGACUCGCCCAAUCUACAGCACACGAUCGAAAAGGUCAUCCGUUCGGUUGCAGUCAACGGCGUGAGCAAUGCUGCCACAGGGGUCAGUUUUAACUCCGUUGGAGCAAAAGAAAUCAACUACGUGUUGCGUUUGCUCGGCCCUGCUGCAAGUAGGAACCCUGAACUUUUCAAAGAAGCUGUUCUCAAGGCGAUGCAAUAUACAAUAACUCCUCAGUUAAGAAGGGUUUUAGUUGAAGGAGCUGAUGUUUUCUUGCCUUCCAAUCACCCUCAACUGGUCAAAGUCUCACCAGGCUACAAGCUGCAAAAACCACCACUUCUCUGUGAUUCUGUCCGGGAAGUUGUUCGUGAUCUUCUAAACGCUCUGUGUGCUCCAUCCGAUGCUGCGUCCAGGGCAGGUGGAAGAAUGGGAUCGAUAUGUGUGCGACGUUCAGACAGUCAGAUGCUUGGAGAGUUUGGAAGAGCUCUGGGACAAAUUGGGGACAUGAUUGACAGGUUUAGCACCAAUAACAGGGAAGAGACAUUGAGUCCUGGCCACCCAUCGUACGGAAGACAGAUAACUAGUGAAGAUACCGUGGUGGAUAGUGAGGAAGCCAACAUAGACUCACAACCCGAUGGUCAAGAACCAUCAACUUCUCAGGCUGAAAAACCAAAAGAAAAGACCAAAGAUGUCUCAAAAGAGAAAGAAAGCAAAGAAAACAAAGAAAAAGAAGCAGCUAGUAAGCCCUUGCUGACCAAGUCGGCUAUUCUGAGGAUCUUGGCAGAGCUUGUCAAGACUUACGGAGGUGUGGCACAACUUAUCACGGAAUAUACCUACUCUCCACCAUCACUUCCUGGGGAAAAACAGUACGAAGGCCCAGUACUUGCUUAUAUUUUCGACCACCUUCUUAUCUCCCAUCAAAGUAAUACAAGCAAUGACUCCCCAGCGUUUGCCCGCUUGCUUCUUGCUGUCAUAGCAACGUGUAGUCAAGCUCCUGAAGCGCAACAUAUCUUAGUUACAGAACUGAAAGCCUCUUUAGAACGUGCCCUGGCUUUACCAGAAUCUCCUGGCAAACACCACCGUUUGCAGGCACUAUUUGGGCUUAUCCAGACUAUGAUCGACUCCGGGUCACGCCAGCCUCAACAGGCCUUAGUUCAACCCCCAAACAACACCAUGAAGCUACUCACCAAACGAGGCUUGAUUACUGACCUUGCCAGGGUGACCCACAGUCUCGAUCUUGGAAGUCCUUACCUGGUUACUACUUUGAAUGCCCUGCUGAAGCCGUUGGAAAAGCUCUCGAGUAUCGUGAAUCAACCCACGGGGGGACCAAGCACAGCUCAACCUAAGGCAGGUACUCAGUCUACGGGAGUAGGGACCAGGGAUGGUGCGAGUACUACUCAAGAAGGCGCUACUGAUGCAGCCACUCAGGAAAAUCAAGGUACAACAACUGAUAGCGCAGAACAAAGUCAAGCAAGUCAGGUUCAGACCCAAGAUGCCGAUGUACAAGCAACGCCAGAACUCAGUGAACCGGAGGAUACACAGGCCUCGGGUGGUGAACUAGAAGGCGAAGAAAGUGUAGCUGCUUGGGAUAUGGGUGUGUCAGGUCAUGCUGUUGUCGUCCCGUCAUCCAGUGCUGAAGAUGACAUAGACCAUCAGGACAUACAAAAUAUCGUGGAUGAACUGCUUCAAAGAGGGCCAGAAAGGCAAAAUUCACAAGAUCCAGAGAUGAACGUAGUAUCUGAGGAAAUCGUCACACAACUUCAUGUAAUGGAUGAUGGUGGGGACGACGAUGAAGAGGAUGACACUGAUGUUGAUGAUGACAGCGGAAGUAGCUCCACUGAUGAACAAUCAGAUGGUAACCAUAGUGACAACGGAGGUGAAGAUACGAUGGUGAUAACCAUCGAACGAGCUGGAGACCAGGGCGAGGAAAGCAAUGAUAGAAGCCACCUGGAUGACCAACAUGAUGAUGUUGACGAUGAAGAAGGAGUCAUAGUGACCGGUGCUGAUAAUGGCGAUGAAAAUGUGAUAGUGAUGGGUGAGGUAGACGACGGCGAUGAAGACAUUGAGGACGAAGACGAUGACGACGACGAUGAUGAUGGUGAAGAUGAUGAUGAAGGUAGCGAUAUGGAAGAAGAACACCACCCAGACAUGAUGGAAGAUGACUCUUUUGCCGUCUAUGAGGAUGAUGAUAUGUUUCUGCACAUUAGAGAUAAUGGUGGAGCCAGUAGAAUCACAGGGGAGUUGUUAUUAUCCACAGUACAAGAUGAUGAAUCUGAUGCAGGAGUUGUACUGGGGCUGGCUGGUCAAAGACAUCGUGGUCUACCAAUACGACAUCACAAUGGUGGAACAGACAUAUUUCACAUUACUACUGGAGGUCAUGAAACACGAUUGUUAGUGGGAGAUGACGGGCAAAUGCGUGAAAUCACUGAUGAAGACGGUAUUUUCGUAGAUGGCUACAACGAGAGUACCAACUCAAUCCCCUCAGCUCUCAGUCGUUGGUCCGAAGAAAGCCAAAUCCUUGACCCGGAGAGCGUCCACUACUGUGUGGCUGCACUUAAACCGGAAGUUUUUCCUGCUUUCGAGAAGCGUCUCAGUGUGGACGUCGAGAAAGAAAAGGUGGAAGAGGCCAAAAAGAAGAAAGAAGCUGAGGCUAAGACUGCUGCGAAGAAGAAAGAAGAUGAAGAAGCAGCAAAGAAGAAGGCAGAAAGUGAGGCAGCGGCGGCGGCAACAGCGGCGGCAGCUAACCAACAGACGUCAGAAGAUAUGCAGGUAGAUCAGUCAUCCACACCACAGCCAACGCCUGUAGCAGCAGACGAUGGCUCUAACACCUCUCUACUAGUAUCGAUGAGUAUGGAUCACGGUAGCGAUAGUGAACCUGCCGUGCAUACGUCUACGCCAAGAGAAUCUGAACCAGCUCCUUCAAGUGCAACUGUAGAUGUCACUGAACCAGCAUCUAAUGCACAAUCCUCUGCACCUCUUGAUGGCCAAGUCAGUAGGCUUACACCGCCUGUUGCUUCGUCUUCUGGUGUUGGUACUGAUGGUCAACCAGAGGGUGCGACAGGGGAGGCAGGGGCAUCGUCGUCAGUUGGUUCUCCUAUGACGUUAGGUAGUGAUGUAUCUGUGACAUCUGAUAGUGGCGCUCAAGGUCAAGCUAACGAAGAUGCAUCCCAAGCAGCAGGCGUCAAUAAAGAAACAACAGAUUCUUCACAGCCGCAAGCACAACCAGAACCAAGCACAAGUGGUGAAAAUACCAAUUUAACUAUUGAUGGGGUUCCUAUACCUGAAGGAGUCGACCCGUCAUUCCUUGAAGCUCUCCCUGAAUCUCUCAGACGCGAGGUACUUUCAGAACAGCUAGGACUACGCCCGCCUCCUCCCUCUCAGCCUUCAGAUAAUGCUAGUGGAGAGGCUUCUAUGUCAUCUGUUAGCCCGGAAUUCCUAGCUGCGCUGCCUCCUGACGUCCAAGAAGAGGUUCUUCAACAACAACGAUUGGAACAAGAACGUAGACGAACAGCCACUGCUCCACCUGAUCAGCCUGUCGACCCAGGCGCUUUUCUGCGCAACCUUCCUCCAUCUUUACGUCAAACUGUUCUUGCUGAUAUCGACGAUUCUUUACUUAAUGUUCUUCCUUCGGAAAUGCAAACUGAGGCUCAAUCGCUUCGCAGAGAUAGAGAAGUCCGACAACAGAGAUUAAUGCAGGAAAGGUUCUCCCUCGGAGUAGGCGACACUGCAUCUGCUAUAUCUGCAUUGCUUCGCCAUUCGGGAUUAUCUCGACGAACUGGAGGAGCCGGCUCGAUUAAUUUUCCAAGAUACUUCUCGGCAAACUCGCGAGGUUUCAGCAACACUGGUCCUGGAGCUCGCGUCAAUCACAAAUACGCUGGCCGUCAGCUUCUAGACCACGAGGCACUUGCCUGCCUUGUAGUUCUACUGUUUAUCGACGAACCAAGGCUGAACGUGGCACGGCUACAAAAAGUCUUUCGAAAUCUUUGUUACCACGAGGAGACUCGCCGCUGGCUUAUUAAUACUUUGAUAGCAGUUUUACGGAGAACUAGUGGUCUCAAUGAAGACGAUUCUUGUCCAAUGCCCACUACAAGCUUAUCAACACAAGUAGAAGCUACGUCAAGUGCCAUGGUUAUGUCACGUGAUCCGUCACGUGGUGAUAGCUGCGCCUCUGUUAAUAACAUCAGUGACUAUUUACUGGUUAAAGGGGAAAAACCUAUGGACUCGAGGAAAUCCAAGCAGCCUUCUUGGUUGCGCAUUGCUCUUGAUUCGGCAUUGGGCUCCCGUACGAAUGUGUUUUGUAUUCGAAGACAAGGAAAACUUGGACUGGAGUACAGUUCUCACAUCAGCAUUCAUCAGUAUGCUUCGCCGUUUAUUUGUCGCCACGCUCUCGAUGCUUUGUUAUUCCUUGCUAAGACAUUUUCUGCCAGUUUCAUGCCUACGACAACGAAAGCCGUAGCGAGUUGUAAAAUAGCGGACUCAACGGGAACUGAAAAUCCUACAGAGAAAAGUACUAGCGAAACUUCUCAAGGCGAUUCUGACUUCUGGGAUAUUUUAUUAAAACUCGAUGCUAUGGGCCUUGGAAGUAAAGGAAAAUAUGCGGCUAGCACAUCUGUCACGCAAUCCACUGAUAGUAAAAAGGAAGAAGAGUUUUCUGAUGCACCUAUUGGACAGCUACUUGUAUUAUUAUCUCAUCCUGUUAUUGGAAAGAAUGUCCAAUUAACAGACAAACUGUUACGUUUGCUAUCUGUCGUUUCUGCCUCGUUGCCCGAUGUACCGGCCGCGAGUAAAAAGCCUGUAAAGACUAAUCAAGUUGAUGGCUCUAGUUCGACGGUUGAAGAAACAACUGAAACUCAAAGUGGACAAAAUCUCGUGGUACCCCUACCACAGGUGGUUACACCAGAAGCAGCCAGGGCCGUACCUCUUGUCUUGGAGCCCAACGAGGAACACGGAACAUCAGCCACCAAUCUUACCAUCCCAAUAUCUGAAACAGAAUCUAUCGCUUCUUCGCUUGUUGUCGAACGUUCAUCUGAACCUGGUGGAGAACACCCAGAGUCGAUCGAUAGUGGUUCGGGUGACGAAGUGGCUACGAAUCUGGGUCAAACAGAGCCGAUGGUCGUAGAGGUGAAUAUCCCGCACGAGACAAACAGCGAGAGAAUCGAUAGAUUGCCGUCUCUACUCUCAUCUGGCGUGAGUUCGAUUUCCAAUCCAGACUUGCGCCUCAGGGUUAAACCUGAGAGCGAGCAGACUAUAGUAUUAGAGAAUCACUUAAGGCUGGCAGUCAAUGUAUUGACUUCGGGAUCUUGUUCGGAAGAGGGACUAGAGGAUGCUACUAAUCUCCUACUGCAAAUAUCUCGGCUGAAUUUAGCGUCUCGUGAUAGCAUACUACGUCUGUUGCUAGACGGAGCUCGUAAGAUAGGCGAGGUGCUCCGUGCUUCUAUUAGUACCUUAUUUAUUGAAAUAGUCGAGCACAACAAGAAGAAUGUACAGAAAUCCGAUCCUGACAAAGAAGAGGGUAAAGGGAAGAAAGCAUCGCGGAUAGUGUUGCCAGAACCUCCUCGCCGACAGCAGCGUACGGCUCGCGCUAUUCUUGGGCUUCAAGAACCUCCCACCACUGCUGCUGCUGCUGGACGUAGGCAAGCUGGUCCAAAACCAGUCGUGUAUGAGCUACACUUACCAUCGAUGCCUCUAUUAACCUGCAAGAAGUCUAGUCAGGCACUGCUGCUUAAAGUACUCAAAGUUAUUCUACAGCUGAGAGAGGCUGCUAAGAAAUCUGGGAAGACAUCGGUUACUCGAGACUCACGAAGAGCACAAAGAAGAGCACCACAUGACUUAUUGGUAAGCCAUCGUCAAAUUGAAAGUUCUCGUGGUCUUGGUGCUGUCGUUGCAGCCUUAGAAGCAGAAGCCGAGGCCAUUUUCGAAGUGUUCUCUAGCAUGCAAAGCCAACGACGAGAAGAUCGUGAUGCAGAACGUGAGGUACAACGCAGUCAACCUGGUUCUUCUCGUGCUGCAGGAGAUGGUACGGCAGCUGGAGGGCAGAGUACCAGUGAUGCCGCUGAAGCCUCGCAACCAGCUGAACCCGAACCUGUGCUACCACUCUUAAGUGAACAACUUGCCCUUGAUGACUUAUGGGAUACCUUGGGUGAGUGCCUGACAGAGUUGGCAAAGACCACGGACAGUCAUGCCGUUCUUGUACUGCAACCAGCCGUGGAAGCAUUCUUCCUGGUCCAUGGAUCCGAAAGGACAGUGCCCCAUGCUUCACCCUCAGCUGGGCUUGAUGUAAGCCAGCGUCUGUCGACCACUGGUCUCGAUAUGUUACCACCAUCGUCACCAGGGCCUCAUUCUCCAGGACCGCUCAGCCCCAGCAGACAACAGUCCGUGUCUUCUGUGUCGUCUGACUUGCCUUCCGACACCCAGAAAUUUUUGAGGUUUGCAGAAACUCAUCGCACUGUACUGAACCAGAUUCUUCGUCAAACAAACGUCCAUCUUUCUGACGGACCAUUUGCAGUCCUCGUUGACCACACACGGGUUUUGGACUUCGAUGUCAAACGUCGGUUCUUCCGUCAAGAGCUUGAACAAGCCGACGAGGGAAUACGACGAGACGAUCUUCAAGUUCAUCUUAGACGAGAUCAAAUAUUCGAGAACUCAUUUCGCGAGCUUCACCGACGAAGCCCCGAGGAAUGGAAGUCAAGGUUCUAUAUUGUGUUUGAGGGUGAAGAGGGGCAAGAUGCAGGAGGGCUGUUACGUGAGUGGUAUCUUAUCAUGUCUCGUGAGAUGUUCAACCCCAAUUACGCCCUUUUCACUACCUCUCCGGGUGACCGAGUAACUUACCAACCCAACCCUAGCUCUCACUGUAACUCUAACCACCUCAGUUACUUCAAGUUUGUUGGUCGCGUUGUCGCUAAGGCCAUCUAUGACAACAAGCUGCUAGAAUGCUUCUUUACACGCUCUUUCUACAAACACAUUCUGGGCAAGCCAGUUCACUUUACAGAUCUGGAGUCGUUUGACUACUCAUUCUACCAGGGACUGCAAUUCCUUCUUGAACAUAAUAUCAGUGAAAUUGGAAUGGACUUGACCUUCAGCACAGAUGUCCGAGAGUUCGGCUUAUCAGAGAUCCGUGAUUUGAUACCAAACGGUCGUAACAUCCCAGUAACUGAGGAGAACAAGCGACAGUACGUGAAACUGGUCUGCCAAAUGAAAAUGACUGGAGCCAUAAGAAAACAAAUCGACUCGUUCCUCGAGGGAUUUUACGAGGUCAUCCCGAAACGUCUGAUAUCGAUCUUUGAUGAGCAAGAACUAGAGCUUCUGAUAUCUGGUUUGCCAAAUAUUGACCUGGACGACUUGAAGGCCAACUCUGAAUAUCACAAGUAUAAUGAGAACUCUCUACAGAUUCAGUGGUUCUGGCGUGCCUUAAGAUCUUUUGACCAAGCUGAUCGAGCGAAGUUUUUACAGUUCGUCACCGGUACCUCCAAGGUCCCAUUACAAGGCUUUGCAGCACUUGAAGGAAUGAAUGGCUUCCAAAAGUUCCAAAUCCACAGGGAUGACCGUAAUACAGAUCGUCUCCCUUCUGCUCAUACAUGCUUUAACCAACUAGAUCUACCAGCCUACGAGACGUACGACAAGCUGCGACUGAUGUUAAAGAAAGCUUGCGACGAAUGCCCAGAGGGCUUUGGCCUGGCCUAAUAUUGCUCUGCCUACUACUACGAUAACUACAUCGACCUUUUUUUUCGUGGGUUUCAAAAGCAACCAAAGGAAUACAUUCUAGUUAGAUUCAAGAUCAUCUGUAAAGAUGUCCUAAAUGUUUGUCUAAAAAUCUAAAAAUUCUUAAUAUAAAAACUCAUGAUUCAAGGAAACAGAGAUGUUUUCUUUAAUCCUUAUAGUUCAGAAAAAGAAAAAGUCUAAAAUUUCUGAUGUGUUUAUGAAGAGAUGAACGCGUGCAAAAUAACUUUCAGGCAAGUGCCAUACCAUUGGCUGGUAGAAAUUUCAAUGGCCUUCAAUAAAAUUAGAUUGUUAAUGCCUAACUGCGCAUUCAGAUUGAACAUAGUGUUUUGGCGUAAAAGACCCAGAAUUGCCAGGGAUAUCGUCAUUGCUUUUGUACUAAUAUUUGACUCAACUCGAAAUGAGUUUGUAGUUUGACAUUACGAAUAAAGCUUACCGAGUUUAUUACAUCCAUUUUGAAAUCACUACCAAAUCCUGCAAUCUGAUUGGUUCCCUGCAGCAGUGAUUUCAGCAUAAAUCGCACGAUUUUGAGCUCUAAAUUGCACGAUUUUGCACAUCAACUGAUAUGAACCAAUCACAAGAGAGACAUGUCAUUUUCUAGCCAAUUAUAUCAAGGAAUCCAUCUGAGUGUUGGGCUCAACGCUUCUUGCGAAAAAAAAGAGCCACGGCUCAAAAACAUUUUUCUGAAGAACGAUUUUACCGUCAAAAGUCGUAAAAAAAGACUGAAAAAGCCAUAAAAAGGACUUAAAAAGACCAACUGAUCACUUAAAAUUGUCAAAAGCAUCUUUGUAAAGUAACUGCUUAAGUAAGUUGAAGAUAUUACAGCGAAAAGCAGUGGGGGGAAAAUGCAAUCGGCAUCUUUUGAAUGUGACUUCUUGGCGAUUGAUCGUGGAAAGUGGUUUCCUUUCAAUCUGUAAAGCAUAACACAUCGACGAAAAUACAGUCAUUAAAAGAAGUUUUUCUUAA